GCGCGAAUCCGGUCCCCGCGGCGGGAUCCGGCAGGUCUGACGAGCCCUGCCUGGGCCCAAGCACGCGGAGGAUGGAAACACGUGCCCGGCAAUGCCUCUGGGCCGCCUCCUUCGUCGGGCCUCCCCCAAAACCUCAGACCUCCUGACCCUCACUGGUGGUGGGGGGUCCCUCUCGGUCCUGGAUGGGGAGAUCAUCUACUCCAAGAACAACGUCUGCGUGCACCCGCCCGAGGGCCUGCAGGGGCUGGGGGAGCACCACCCAGGCUACCUGGGCUUGUACCUGGAGAAGGAUGAACUCCUGGGGACCACGCUCAUCCUCGCGUGGGUCCCCAACUCCCGCAUCCAGAGGCAGGAUGAGGAGGCCCUGCGUUACAUCACUCCCGAGAGCUCCCCCGUGCACCAGGCACCCCGCCCUCGGCGCCGGCACACCCCAAGCUUGGGGGCUCCCCACCAGGCCUCCCCCAUGGAGCCAAGGCCCACCCUGACCCCCAAAGAUGAGGAUAUCCUGGUGGUGGCCCAGAGUACCCAGGACACUGGGCACAUCAGCCCAUCGCCCGAGGAUGGGGAGAAGCUGGCCCAGGGCCCAGGGGUGGACAGUCCCCUCCCCGCCUCAAAGCCAGCCCACAGCGACUCCGGAAUCUUAUCUACGGUCGGUUCUCAGGAUGGGACUGAGGAUGGCCGGGAGCCACGGCCCGAGACUGGGGAGGAAGAGGGCUCCUUGGAGCUGUUGGCCGAUGGCGUGAGCAGGGGCAGCUCCUUCGACUCAGACUCGGACGCCUUCUCUUCGCCCUUCUGCCUCUCGCCCAUCAGUGCUCUUGGAGAGGGCAGCAGCUCAGCGUUCCUGGAGAGCGAGGGCAGUUCCCCCUCCAGCUCGGAUGCUACCCUGCGCUUCCCGGACAGCAGCUGCCUCCUGCAGAGCCAGCGCUGGGACAAGCCUCAGCGGGGCUGCACCUUGGAGCAGAUCUGCGGCGUGUUCCACGUGGACCUGGGCCACAUGCGCUCCCUGCGCCUCUUCUUCAGCGACGAGGCCUGCACCAGUGGUCAGCUGGUGGUCGCCAGCAGAGAGAGCCAGUACAAGGUUUUUCACUUCCACCAUGGUGGCCUGGACAAGCUGUCGGAGGUGCUCCAGCAGUGGAAAUUCUGCACGGAGACGCACCUCAGAGACCAGGUUGCGGACGAAAGGACCUGCAUGCAGUUCUCUAUCCGCCGGCCCAAGCUGCCGUCCUCCGAGACCCACCCGGAGGAGAGCCUGUACCAGAGGCUGGACGUCUCCGCCUGGCUCAAGCAUCUGAACGAGCUGGGCCAGGUGGAGGAGGAGUACAAGCUGCGCAAGGCCAUUUUCUUUGGUGGCGUUGAUGUGUCAAUCCGGGGGGAGGUCUGGCCCUUCCUGCUACGCUAUUACAGCCACGAGUCCACGUCGGAGGAGCGGGAGGCGCUGAGGGUGCAGAAGCGAAAGGAAUACGCAGACAUCCAGCAGAAAAGGCUCUCCAUGACGCCCGAGGAGCACCGAACAUUCUGGCGCGAUGUCCAGUUCACUGUGGAUAAAGACGUGGUUCGGACGGAUCGAAGCAACCAGUUCUUCCGAGGGGAGGACAACCCAAACGUGGAGAGCAUGAGGAGGAUCCUGCUGAACUAUGCUGUGUACAACCCAGCUAUCGGCUACUCCCAAGGGAUGUCAGACCUGGUGGCGCCCAUCCUGGCUGAGGUCCUGGAUGAAUCGGACACCUUCUGGUGCUUUGUUGGUUUGAUGCAGAACACCAUCUUCGUCAGCUCUCCUCGGGAUGAGGAUAUGGAGAGACAGCUGCUGUACCUGCGGGAGCUGCUGCGGCUGACGCACCAGCGCUUCUACCAGCACCUGGUCUCGCUGGGCGAGGAUGGCCUGCAGAUGCUUUUCUGCCACCGCUGGCUCUUGCUGUGCUUCAAGCGGGAGUUCCCCGAGGCUGAGGCCCUGCGGAUCUGGGAGGCCUGCUGGGCCCACUACCAGACGGACUACUUCCACUUGUUCAUCUGCGUGGCCAUCGUGGCCAUCUACGGGGAUGACGUCAUUGAGCAGCAGCUGGCCACUGACCAGAUGCUCCUACACUUUGCAAACCUGGCCAUGCACAUGAACGGAGAGCUGGUACUUAGGAAGGCCAGGAGUUUGCUGUACCAGUUCCGCCUCCUGCCGCGCAUCCCCUGCAGCCUGCACGACCUGUGUAAGCUGUGCGGGACAGGAAUGUGGGACAGUGGUUGCAUGCCUUCCGUGGAGUGUGCCGGCCACCACCCGGGCUCCGAGAGCUGCCCCUAUGGGGGCACAGUGGAGAUGCCUUCCCCCAGAACCCCAAGAGAAGGCAAGAAGGCCCCAAAGACGCCCCGGGAAGGCUUCGGUUUCCGCAGAUAGGUAGGGCUGACUGCUCUGGACAAGGGGUGAGGGGACCUCAUGGAGAUCCUGGCAUGGAUGUUGGGGGGUGGGGUGGGCAUGGGUGUGGAGG